GUACUAUGUGCGCACAAGUCCAUAAUGUCAGAAACAUCCCAGUUGUCGGGGUUAGAUGCAGAUGCGUCCAGGCAGUCAGAUUCAUCUGACCCUGGACUGUGCAACCGAAGUUUAAGAGAAAACGUGAGAAAGAAAGUCGACGCGGAGACUCAGUUUCGGCUUUCGCUGAAGUAUCUCUCUGAAGUUGAGGCGGGAACUGUAGUGAAGGGCAAUGAUCAGCUGGAGAGGAACUUGGUUGUGGUGGAGUCUGUUGCUCUCAGUCGUGGUCUUUCUCCAGAGGCCAUCUCCAUCCUUCUUGACUUUGCGCUUAGUCUCAGAGUUGGUGGUAAUAUUUGUUUACGGGUGCUGAAGUUUCUGAUACCUGCUACCAUAGUAACACAGGAUGCUGUGGUUCGAGGAGUGUCAUGGUUAUGUGUGGGGAAAAUGCCCAUGAGUGCUCAGGUUCUGUUUGUACGCUGGGUGCUGACAGUGUUUGAUUUGGUCGACUGUAAAGAUCAACUAAGGGAUAUCUAUGGCUUCAUCUUCAGCUUUGUGACUGAUGAAAAUCUGUGUCCAUAUAUCUGCCAUUUGUUGUAUCUUCUGACCAUGAAGGAGCAUGUCAAACCCUACAGAGUCAAAAAGCUUCUGGAUGUUCAGGCAAAAAUGGGCAGACAGCCUUUCCUAAGUCAGCUCCUGGCCCUCUAUAAAGUCUUCUGCCCAGAGUUGGUGGUUGUGUCUCUGCCCUCGAGAAUGAAGAUUGGCUUUAAAAACCACAACUCCCCGUGGAAGUCGGCUCUGGCUGCAGUACAGAGGAAGAACAGAGGAGAAGUGCUGACUGAUCAGAGCCUUGUUCUGGCUGUGAAAGAGAAACCGACCUCCAGAAAAAGAAAGCUACAUCACCUUGAGAUCCCACCCCUGAGUUCAGCCUUCCACAGCAGCUCGUCCAAUAGGAAAGUCUUCCGCCUGGAACAGCUGAGCUCCUUCUCCCAGCUCCUAGAGAACCUCCACAACAUAGAGUUGCCAGCCCAGAUGGGUUCUUUGUUGAGUUCCUCCCUGGCUCUGCAUUACCUUGACUGUGUGCAGGACGAGUCUGCUUCCCUGCGCCUCAACUUCUGGCUGGGAGAUUCACUGCACCAGGAGUUUCUGUUCGGGCCGGCAGACGGCAGCUCCGAGGCCUCAGGAGAAGCCUCACAUUUUCUUAGUAUGCUCCUCUCUACACAACACUUCCUACAGGAGGGUUUCUCUAGCACAGAGAGUUUCCUGUAUAAGUUCCUGAGUGUGUGGGACGGAUCUCUGUUCAGGCCUCAGAUCCUGGGUCUACUCAGCGACAUCCCCCUGGUGCCCAGCUCCUGCAUAAAGACUCUGCUGUUUGAGCCCCUGAUGCAACUGUACUUUACUUCCACCGUUUUUUUUAAGUGCAGUGUCAUUGAGUGUCUGAACAUUAUGCUGGUGAAGUGGCUGACCUGGCAUUCAGUCAGUGCGUCAGAGGACAGUCUGGACAUCAGCCUAAACAGCACCAGUGCAAUGAGUAUGACCUUGUCUGGGUUUAUGGACUCAGUGAUGGAGCUGGUGCGUUUUGUUGGACGUCUAGCCACUGUAGGCCUGCAGCUAGAGAACUGCCACGCCUUGCUCCUCUGUCACGCACUAAACUUUUAUGAGACAGUGUGUGACAUGUUUCUGAAGUACAGCUUACCUCUGUUUGUGAUGCCUCCUGUUGGGGUUUUCUACCCUGCCCUGUUUGCUGUAGAUUCAGUCACUGUAGACCAGCUAGGCUACAUCAUGGCCAGGUACCGGAAAAACCUGACCUUGGCGAAAAAACAAGAGCAACAGAAACAGCAGACAUUUCAUGUAAGAGGAAACACAUACAAAGAGUUCAACCAGCUACUGGUCACCAUGGUUAGCUGCCUGUGGAACUCGAAGAUGUUCCUUCCCGGAAUGGGAAUGGAAAUCGGCGAGGAUCUGCUGGCCCAGAGCAGCGUGCCAGAGUUCUGGAACAGUUUUGACCUAAUCCACCACCCGGCUUUCCUCAGCUACGCCAUCGAGUUCCACCAGAAGUGCUGGCCAGAGAGGAGGGAUGUGGACCUGAACUCAAUAAAGGUUGGAAAGUACAGAAAUUGGUAUAUGGAGUUCCUCCUCAACCAAGGCUUUGAUGGCCUCAAGGAGUUUGUCCAGGUUAACAUCAACCAGCGUUCCAUCUCCUCUGGUAGCCAAGGUGACGGACAGCCAGUGAGCCAGACCUGA